AGUGAAUCGGCGAAGCAAAAAGAAGAAAAUGGAAAUGAUGAAGAUGAUUCUGAGGAAGAAUUGCCGGAAAAUGAAAGACCCUUCACAAUUCGUCAGCUAGAAGGAUGGUAUUACAUUAACCGAAUACCUAGCAUUCGACCAUUUUAUGGAAUUCUUGAGAUCGGUUUAAUUCACGAUCCAAAUUUAGGAAAGAUCACUGUUUCAAUAAUCAAAGGCAAGCAAAUGUUAGCACCUGACAAUAGUUUCAUGGAAAUCACUGUGAGUGUCCAAAAGAAGACGCGAAUAUGCAAGAAGCAGUCGCCUCUUGAAGCCAUUUCCUCCAUUCGCAGUGGUGGAACAAAAUUUCGCGGUACUCCGAACUCAAUCAACGAUACUAAAACCGAACCGGUUGUAAUAACUGAAAGGCCAGGGAAAAUAUACGUGACAUCGGUGAGAAGUGAAACAUCAGAACCUGUGUGGGACGAUCGUUUCACAUUCAACGUGCAGAAAGAGCAACUGCAGAAUGUGAUGUUCGAUAUUUUGGUCUAUCAUAAAGAACGAGUCAUUGGUGGCCUGAGAAUUGGACGUGCAGUCAGCUACCUGGCCUCACAACAAUGGACGAAGAUGAUCAAACGUCCGGGGGUCUGGGCGUAUAGCUCUUAUAUUUUGCAGUGA